AUGCAACUCAUUAUAAUUUAUGGAGGCUCAAAUCUACCCAAUGGACUUCAUUUUAUGGGAAAACCCUUCACUUGGGGAUCUCCAGAUAACAAUCCACUCGUAAACUUGGGCGUGUUACGGUGUCAUAAGUACGAAUUCGAGCUUGUACAUCGCAUCAGCAGUACUGCUCACGAAGCUUCACAAAGUGGUCUCACCAUUCGUGGCAAAGCAGUUAUUUCUGGCGGUACUGACUGCACCUAUGAGCUCAAGUUGGAAAAUGUUGAAGCUUAUGAGGUGGCGUCCGACGGCUUUCAAAUUGCCAAACCGACCACAGCUGCUGUGCUGCAAGCAAAAAUAGCCUACUUCGGCUUCGAAGGGGGUAAAGUGACUGGAUUCUGUCCGGCAGAGACAGAGGACCUUUUCGCGUGGAAUGUGAAGGCAGCCAUUCUCUCACACCUCCAAGCAGAUCUAGAAUCUUUAAAACUACCUUUGGAAUCAGUUGAGGAAGACAUUUCAGGAAGUUGUCUGACGCGCUAUGAUAUUAUAAGGCGCGACGAAGAGGGGAUCACUUUUGAAAAACGCAAGCCCACUGCUGGAUGCGCCGACAAGUACGACCUUAUUACCCGCCUUGGCGGUGUUUCUGAUGAAACGCCUUCUGAGUUAUCGAGAAAUGAGAUGCUGAGUGGAGAACAGAUAUGCCGAGUGUCUUUAAAGUACAACAAACCGAUCUCUGAGGUCUCUUGCAGGGAGAGCAUUGUUGUAAGUGGUCCCCUCGACUCUCAGUGGAAGAAAUUGAAUGAAAUCGAGGUGAUGACAAAGAUGAAAUUGAUUUCUUCAAAGUCCUCUGGGUCUCUUACUUUUGAUAAAUCCCAAACCUACGUAUACACCAGCCUGCGCCAUCGAGAACGCUAUGCCACUUCCAAGCCAGAUCAAGGUAUGCCAUCCGAAGGAGUGAUGCGAGUGUUAAAGGACAUCGCUGAGGAGAGGAGGACUGCAAGCGCCCGCGACUUCCUUAUGCUCGUUGAUCACAUGCGUCGAUCCACUGGCAUGCAGUUGAAUGCUUUGAAGGAGUUUGCUUACAGUAAACCAGUUCUAGAUCUGCUUUUUGAUGCUGCAAUCCAUGCACAAAGUGAAGAGUCGGUUGAAUUCAUCGAGUGGUGCCUUGAUGAGGAGCGCUUCACCUUCCCCAUCGUUCAAAUGAGCUUCCUUCCCACGCCAUCUCUGGACUUCAUCAAGAAAGUUGAGCAGACCCUCUCGAAGUCAAACCACAAGGCUCUCACAAUGGUGACUUCAAAUCUCCUACGAACCUACUGCGAUUCACAUCCUCAAUGCGAGGAGGAAGAGGGUGUGAGGGAACUGAUGAGAAGUCUUGAGUCAAAGACGCUUAAUUAUUGUAAAUUUGGUGAAACCGAGGAUUUAAACAAGGUUCUGGACUCUCUGAGGGCGAUCGGAAAUCUUGGAAGAGUUAGUAAUAAGUCGUCUGUGUAUCCUGCAUUAGCGGAGUGCUUAAGUUCCUCCACCAAGCACGACCUGAUCAUUCGUGCAACUGCUGCUGAGGUCUUUCGUGGAUUUCCCAGCGAUUCUGAUGCCGAUGAUAUUCUCCUGAGGACUUUUACUAAUGCCGAUGAAGAUGUCGAGGUGAGAAUUCAGGCCUAUCGCUCGUGGGCUCGGCACCUAACUCAAGAAAAGCUCUCUCAACUACAUUUCCUUGACCAAGAACCCAACGACCAGGUUACGUCUUACAUUCUGAGCCAUCUAAGUGAAGUUCGACAUUCAAACAACCGUGCCAAGCAGGAUGAGUCCCUUCUACUCACAAACCUUGAUACUCCAUUAAUGAGGAUGGUUGAAAGUCACACACCAAACGUCUUCAAAAAGUCCUUCUACAAGGAACGGCACGUUUCAGGGAUUCAGUUUGGCGGAGGUGUGGAUGUAACCGUUGUCUACGGUCCACAAAGUCUCUUCCCUCGUUACGUGGAUCUCAACUUCACUCUCGACGUUCUAGGGCAUUCACUCAACGUUCUCGAACUCGCCUACCACUCUGUUUACUCAGAGAGCCUUAACAGUUAUUUCUAUGGAUUCAGAGAUAAAUAUUCUUUUAGUAGAGGAAGGAGCGGGAUUGAUGCUUUGCCUAAAGUCGCUCAGCCGUAUGAUCAGUUGAGCUCAGUUGAUAAUCGAUCGAGGUUGUCAAUGCGACUGUUUGGCCGUGACAUCGGCUACUACGACGACAUUGAGAACUCGGAACAGUUGAGGAAGCUCCCUGAAAUGCGACCCUUUUUCAUGGAUAUCAAUGAGACCGUGGCAUUUUCAACAAUCGGUGGAGUUGUCUUGCAAAUUAACCAUCUACUGGCCAUACAUCAGGACAUCACAAAUUACUAUGGUUUGAAUGCCAAAUACGGCAUCAACGUUGUCUUGGAUGCUGUGCAUUCAGUAGAGGUGGGACUUAAUGCAUUUGAGGGGAUUUUGGGCUACAACACUGAAGACGAUGUUCAAGUGAACGUACCCAUUCUCUUCACUGUUGACCUUCUGGAUCGAAUUAGAGAGCUGAUGGGAUUUGAAGUUGGACUCUUGGGUGUGGAUUCUAAAAUGACCGCAUUCAAAAUAAGCCGAUCUGUGAAGUCAACUUCUCCUACCACUGGAAAAGUAGCAAUACUGUCAGGUGGGGAACCUCAGUUGCUACGCAGAACACCAUCUCUUCUCAAAAUGCUAAUUGGUCUCGACGCAACCCUGAAUUCUAUCCAAGAUCCAUCCACUGGCCUGAUCAUGGGCUAUGCUGUGGAGGUGGAACGCUUCGAUGGCCUAUUUAUCAGCUUUAUCAAAGAGAAGCCGAACUUUUCUGGUCUCUUUCAGUCAGUAAAAUUUGAGAUCAAGCGCUACAGUGUUGCACGAUCGGGUUUCCUGGAAUCGAGGGAAGUCAUAAAUUUCCACUACCUGACUCGUGAUUUGAAGGGCGAAUGGUUCACAUUAGCUUCUCUUAAAAUGCCAUGGAAUAGCACUUACAGCUGCUCAAUUAACUACGGUUCAGAGGGUGAAUUCACUGGAGAGUUGAAUAUUGCCGACUGGGAAGCAAAAAUUACGGGGACCAUGAAACAGGUCGGACCUCAUGACUAUGAAGUUGCUGCACAGCUUAUCCGUCCCGACUUUAGUUUGUCUGUGAAUCAACAGGCCACCAUUGGAAAGCUCUAUGUCCUGGCCGCUGAAUCGACCAGCAAACUCCUACCAUUUGUACUAAAGUCCACUACCGUGUUCGCUACGACGAGUAAAGUGGAGCACAUAAGCGAAGUGCAUUUUCCAACAGACAAGAAGAAAAUUCUCAUUCAGACACAACUGGAUUGGACACCACGAAAUUACGGCGCCUUGUUUAGUCUUCAGGUGGAUAGAGGCAAUUCCGUUAAAAGGUGGACGGGUGAAGCUGUUGCGAUAAACAACUUCGGGAUCCCUCACCUGCCAGUCUACACGCCUAUCUACAAUUAUUCAUUCCCAAGCACCUGGGCUUUGGGUUCCUCAGCCAUGGUGGCAUCGGACGACAGCUCCUCAUGGAUUGUCGACACGCAACACUGGUUCGACGUCUAUGAAGUUGAACUCAUAGUGGGCUACAAGAGACGUCCAUCUCACGUCAGUGGACGCACCUACAUUCUUGACGGUGUGAUGAAUCGAGAUAAGGAGCCUCUCCUGACAAUCAAAGGUGAUCUGAGCAUGAAUGCUCUUGUUGUGGUUGAUGGACACUUCAAUGCAAGUCUUCGCUACUCUCUUAUAUGCCGGGAAAAAAUUUACAAACUUAACGUAUUCUUGGACAAUAGUGGAACGGAAAGAAUAAUCGAGGGUGAAGUGCUCUGCAAUGAAAAAUGGCUUUACAAAUUCAAAAAUAGCAUAGAUAUCGCCAAUCACCAUCACUCUUUCCACCUGCUCAGAGCUGACGACAAUGACUUACGGAUAGAGUCGCCUUAUACUCUCUAUAUUGUUGAAGGGACAAUUCGAGUGAUUGUGAACUCAAGUGUCUACCUUGGAACUGAGCACAUCUAUGAUAUGUACAGAAGUGUUGUUAUUACUCAAACUGAAUUUGAUGACCGCUGUCAGUUGAAGAGAGUUUCUGACGGUGCAACAGUCGCUACAGCCACACUGUUUCUAUCACACGCUCCCAAGUUCCGCUUGCAGGUGGAUCUGCCAACCAUGACGGAUUUUUCGCUUGACUUCGGCCUCGAAUUUGAAAGAAAUGUCAAGACUGUAGUCGACACCAGGGCCUUAGUGACCAUGAAUUCUAUAAAACGUGGCUUUGAAUUUUACAUUUCAAACGGCAUGGACGGGUUCCUUCCUAUUAUCUUUAAUGGCUCUGUUCAUGGUCCAUUGGGCAACAAAUCAACCAUUGUCAAUCUAAAUGUUCAAAGUGAUCAAAAAGGUCUUGAUCAGGCAGACCUAUUUAUUCGGACUCACCAAGAUGACGAACUCACAUUUAAAUUGAUAAAAAGCUAUGAGGAGGUCAUCAAUUCUGGCGAACUCUCAUUGCUGUGUUCGCUUCACCCGGGAAUUCCAUCUCAAAGCUUUGCUGGAUUCCUCUAUAAGACGCAGGUUUCCUGGACUUUUACUGAGGAGGUAUUUAGAGUAGAACAACAGGGCGAAUGGAACGGUAAUCGGUCAACACCACCGGGGAUGCCUUUCCGCUACGGCAUCAAACGCACUUCAAAUCCUUACACCGGAGGUGGUGAACUUCAGGUUUACGCUGAGGAUACAAAUAUGGGAAAGGCCCUUGGAUACGAAAUGAUUGAAUGUUUGUGCAUGUACGAGAUGGAGGAUGUCAAAAAAGGUUCCAUUGGGCUGGAAGGCAAUGUACUGCUCAACUGGCGGAAGUAUCUUGGACGUGGUGCAAUAGGUUCACAGGCAAGUCUUAAGGCAAAAAUAGACAAAUCCAAUGGAAACGGAGACGUUGAGAUAUCAUGGGAACUACCAGAUGACAAUCAAACCCUUGUUGCCACUAGGGUGAAUUACGCAAUUGAUAAAAACAAGUUUACCAUUACUUCAAAGACCUCUAUGGGAGAAAAGCAGGUGCAUAAAGGAAAACUUAAGGUACGAAGUAAGGCCAGUGCUUGGGAGGUGGAAUUAGACGCCAAACUCCUCGACUUCGUCUUGGAACUCGAAUAUAAGGGCGAGUUCAGCUCAACUCCUUCUAUCGACAUGGAACUUGGGAUCACGAAAAAUAGAAGAGAUUUAUUGAAAGCAGGAGUUGUUGCCAAAAAGGACAAGUAUCCACGCCUCUUUAUACAUUUCUCACCGACUCACCCCUUUAAAGGUUUGAAACGGAUUUGGUUGAAACUAUUAAGUCAGACCAUGCCACAGGAAAUGGCAAUCGGAAACUUUAACGUUAAAGGUUAUUUCAAAACUGAACCGAUUAUAAAGAAUUGCGAAUUUAGCGUGAGGACAGGGGAAGAUUUGCGAUUAAUUGAAACUAGCCUUUCCAUCAAAGAGGCCAGUGGACCACGACACAAAGAGCAUAGCCUAUUCAAACUUUCUGAAGAUGGUUCGAAGGUAACUAUCAAAGUGGAUAUUGAUUCCCCCUACCUACCAAACGGUCCUAUCAAAGUCUUCGCAAAACAUGACUGUUCUUCCGGCUCUGAGGUGAACAACGAUUAUGACCUUAAAUGUAGUACACUAAGCAAUUACACUUUGGUAUUGAAGAAUGGAAAGACAUCGAGAGGCAUUUCUGACUACCUCGUAGCUGGUUUCAAUCGCAUUUCAGCCGGAACCACUUUGAUUGAAGUGCGUGUUGAUAGUAAGCAUGAUAUUCUGCUCAAUUUCACUCGUCGUGCCAAAUCCAGUGGUGACAUUAACUUGACUCUCCAAAUAAAUGACAAGAUGGUGGGAAGGAUAGAAGGUGGCGGAAGUCUCGUCUGCAAUGAUGAUGGAUUCACUCUUGACUUAAACGGAAGGAUAGCAACUGAUAAUACUCCCAUUGCUUCCGUGAAUCUUGAACUCUCAAACACGCCUACUCUGCGGUCUAUCGAUAUGGUGCUCAAAUCCGUGACAGAAAAGCUCGGUGAGCACAAUUUCAUCUUAAAGGCUGAUGUUGGUUACUUAUUGAAUAUUUUAUCGAAUGAAAAUAAGGAGGAGAGCUCCUCUCGGCCUAAAGUCUAUCUGCUCCGAAUUGACAACCAUGCACUGGGUCUUGAACUCAUAAAUUUGUCAUCCUCUAUGGUGACAUUCAGCCUACCAAAUUUACCGAUUCCUGUCGUUUUCCGGUUGGCUUACGAUCUACAGCAGAAGGGUGCUUGGAGGACAGUGCUGCAAGUCUAUGAACCUAUUCAAAUUGAAGCAAGAACUCUUCUUGGCUCUAAGGAGGAAGUCUUUCUCUCUUUCUCUAACAAAGUCAACAUCAUUGAUACGAUGGGCAACUUGAGACUCACCAGUCUUCUUGGCGGUGAGAAGCUCAGCUUCGUUAAGAGUGGAUGUGCGAAUGGAAUAAAAGAUUGCAUGUCAAUUGUGCUAGGCGGUGAUGCUAGCAGACGUGCUCGACUCAAUCUGCUUUUUAGCAUGGUAUUGCCAAAAUUAGAUCACAUAGAAUCCAUCAUUGUGGAGACAGAAUUCGCAGAGAUGACUCCACGAGCACUGUUUUUAACAUCAAAAGAUCGUGAAAUUGGAUUUGGUGCCUGGAUUGAUACCAUACAAAAUGCAGUUGUCACGGAAAUAGCAUGGAAUCGUCAACGAGGCGGCCUUUUGUUGGCGACAUUUGGUAAGCAGUUCUUUGCUCUGCAAGACCUUGACAAACGCAUCGAUUUCGGGAGAGAGGGGGAAGUCUUUUACAUACGAGCCAAAAACCUUCACAAUGGAGCUAUUGUCAAGUUUCUUGAAGGUACUUUGACAAGUGAUAACAAGUUAGAGCUUGAUUCGUAUUUCUUAAAGGAACCUGUGACCUUCAUUUACAUGAAGGAUUCACGGCAGGAAACUUUAAGAUUGCACCGAGGACGUGGAGAUGCAUUAUCGGCACCGGUGGUGGAAUUGUUGAUCGUUGAAGCACCAAUUGACCAAUUCAGAACGCGAAUAACCAUAACACUAAAUCGAAAUGGACGGUCACUUGUGAUUGACACGAUUCGAGAUGAUAGUGUCAUUCGAAGAACCAUAAAUUCAACCAUAAGCGUUGAUGGCAAGAAUGGACAAAUGUACUUCACACACAGUCCUAAUCGAGGAGUCUAUUUAAAUUUCAACGACAAUGUGAUCUUUGGAAUGACACAUGCAUUACGACCAAAUGUAGCUGUGGGCAGCAUUGCACUGCAAUACAGGGGAGGAACAGUGAGAAUGGAGGCGGACGUUCGCGCUACAGCAAAUCCAAUGAAACUUUUCGUUGGUGUACGAACUGCUCAAGCAGAGGCUGUGCUGCAGGGCAAUGGGUCGUGUAUAUUGGAUGUUGCAGGAAACUUGCAACACACUUACAAGGAAGGGGAAAAUAUCCUUGAUGCCGAGCUACUUACUAAAAUGGAUGAAGAAAGGGGAAUAUACGAUUUAAAUGCUUACUGGAAGGCAUCAGCUUUGGUUGAACUUGUGUUUGGUGGAAUCAGAAGUGUGCCAGCCUCCAAGAUUUCAGUUUUCAUGGGAGAGUUAGUGGAAAAUUUGCUAAAUCUGGUGGUGGAGGAAGUCAGCGAGUUGAAGGAUCUCUUCAAUCAGACAGCAUUGGAAGAAACGUGGGUGUCAACAGUGCAGGCCUUGAAGGAUUUGAUAGUAUCUUUCGACACACCCUCGGUAACCGGGCUCGUAGACGUUUCCAACACCACUCUGGCGGAGAAGAUUGAAAUGCUCCACAAUCAGAUCAUCAGCACCCUUGAUCAAAUGAACAGACUUUUUGACGCAAAGAAUUUGGUGGCUAAAAUCGGUAAUAAUUUAAACGUUCUAAAAUCGGUCAUCGAGGAAGCCUCUGACGCCGUCAACAAUGCCUGCGACCAACUGGAACAGAAUGUAACCGAAAUGAAAUUGUUGCGUGAUGGUGUUUCGACAGUCGUUUCGGAGUUGAAGGAAAGUGGUUUAGACGUAAUUAAGUAUGGGAGGGGAGUAGUUGGACCUUUGCUGGAGUCAUUCAGCACAACGUUCUACAGCCCCUCUUCAUUGCUCGAAAAUAUGAGUGUGAACGCCAUCUCUGCAGAUCUGACCAAAGUUACUGUAAACUCCACUAUUUUUCUACCGCUAUGGGUUAGAACUGCUGCUGGUAUCGCCACCGCCAGGUUCGCCAACCUCCCUCUCACCAAGAAUGAUUUAGAGAGGCGGCUAGCUAAACUCUCUACAGUUGCAAGUCAUCUCGGAGAAGCAGUAAAAGUGGUAGCUCUGAUUCGUGAACGACUCCAGACUCUUCCUAAGUACAAAUCCUGGCUCUUCCUUGACACAGCGGGAAAAUCCCACAUAAUUACUUUUGACAAAAGCUUAAUAAGCUUUGAAGCAAAUGCGAAUGAUGUUCUGGUUCUAAUCCACGAUGCGUUGGAGGACGAAAUUGCUUUUGCUGUUGAAUUUGGUGCGGAUGGAGCGUACUUUAUGUACUACAAAAAUCACACAAGCACCACUAUAACUGAACAAGGACUGAUACGGAAUGGAAAACGUGAGAAUGACCCAAGCAACCUUGAGCGAGUCCGAGGGACUAACUUGACAGUGGAGAUCACUCCUGUCUCCUGGCAACUAAAUGAUGGAUUUGGGGAUGUUAAACUAACUUUCUACCGAAGGGAGCGAAUCCUACUUUUUGAAGCAGGCCCUCGGUGGUACGGACGCUUAGAGGGUGCACUGGCAAUAACGCAUCGCAAAGGACACCCCGACGUCACGGUCUCAGAUUGGCUCAAGUCAAAAGGCGGUUACGAGAAGUGGUCAAAGAACCGGCCUGACUACUGCCAGAGCAUUGAUGUGACGAGGGAUAGCGUGGAGGGCCUAUUCAAUAAACUGGCGGUCAAUGAGGAGGAGUGCCCACGUGCGCCUUUUAUGCAGUUGGCCUUUAUCGCAAAUCCGUUCUGCAAAGAAGGCGACUGCGCAUUCGCCGCAGACUCCGUCUAUGACGCUCAUACUGCUCUAGCAAGCUGUAUUGGCAAGGGAUACGUCAGAAAUCCAUGCUACGCAAUAGAACCCAUGGAAAUUAACGCGGCCUAG